AUGAGUGCUGAAGAAAGCGAUGACAAAGUUCAUGAAUCAGCGGAACUGCUGGAAGACAGUGAUAUCGAAAUAGUAGACAAGAUACUCAAAGAACAAAACAAUGGAGUAAUUGAAAUCGAGACUAUUACCAUCAGUACCUCAGAAAGGAAGAAGGUUUCCAAGGCAACGACCUAUAGGAAUCUUGUUGUUCUCAGUUUUGCAUUCACCUGCAACUUCACGGCUUUUAACUCCUUUUCGAACGUACAAAGUUCCAUUAACAAGGAAGACGGUCUAGGGACAACUGGACUAUCACUCAUUUAUGUUGUAAUGAUUUUGGCUAACUUAUUUCUUUCUCCUGUUAUACUGUCAAAGUUUAGUUAUAAAUGGAUUAUGGUGUUUUCUAUCCUAACUUAUGCUGUGUUCAUGGCGACGGGAUUCUAUACUGCGUGGGCAACAGUCGUACCAGGGUCGUUUAUUAUCGGUUUCGGAGCCUCUCUGUUGUGGCCAUCCCAGCAGAGUUAUCUCACUAAUCUAGCCAGGGACUAUGGAACUGUGAAAAACAUGGACCACGUGAUCAGACAGUUUACAGGGAUUUUCUACGCCUUCUUAUACAGCUCACAGAUAUGGGGAAAUCUUGUUGCAUCGAUCGUAUUUCGAAAGGAGUCAGGAAACUUAACAGCAGAUUUCGAAGUUUGUGGUGCUCAAUUUUGUCCAUUUGACCAGCACAAAUCCGGGGCAAUUGAACGACCUCCAGAACACAAGAUUUUCACAUACACAGGAUUUUGUGUUGGAAUGUCAAGUCUCGGGGCCAUAGUUAUUGCAUUGUUUCUGACAAAUACAAACACUGAAAGUGAUAAUCGAGACGGCGCUUGCAAAAAUAUCCGCAAAGUCGGAGCCCUUAUUGUAAAGUCAAGGGACUUGAAGUUGUUAAUUGUACCAGCUAUGACUUCCGGUGUACUCCUGAGCUUCUUCGCUGCAGAUUUCACGGCGGCAUUCGUGAGUUGCCCAUUUGGCGUGGAAAACGUCGGAGUAGCUGUGAUAACAUACGGCGUUGUGCUUACAGUAUUUUCGUUUAUCAAUGGACGUCUUGCAAAAGUUACUGGCCAGUACAUAAUAUUUUUAAUAGCUUUUAUUGUCUUCAUAUCUGUACUUAUAACCUUACGGCUAUUCCAACUUGAUGGGGACAGCUUGCCGGUUGCAUUAGUUCUGGCUAGUCUUUACGGGCUGGCUAUGUCUGCGAAUGAACCUGCAAUUGCAAUGUUAGUGAGUGUUCACUUCCGGGAAGACGUCACUGUCGCCCUGUCGAGUACCAAAGCCAUGUCCUCUGUUGGCUGGGCCGCCUCAUUCGCCUACAGCAACUGGCUUUGUAUGGAGUACAAGAUCUAUAUCGUGAUGGUUCUCUACACCCUGUCAUUUGUCAGCAUCAGUACCCUGCAGCUAAGGCAUAGAAAGUCUGAUAAACUUUAUAGAACAUGCUGCGUGACAUCUACUUCUGAACAAACGGAAGAAUGUAUAAAGGUGUCGAUAUGA